AUGGAAUGCCGAACACUGGAUAUCUGGGACCAAAUAGCACCAAGAGCAUAUAUACGCCUAUGGUAUUGUCUACCUUACCGAGAAACCACGGAACUCGAUUGCCUCAAGCAACAUUUCACGGCAACCUUAUCAGAAUUAUCGAAAAGGUUUCCGGAUUUGAAGGGUAGAAUAUUUCUCCUGGCGGACCCACCCGGCCAUCUGGCCAUUAGCACGAGUGGUGUAAACGAUAUUCCUUUCAAGUUCGAACAGAGGGCUUUGUUCAACUGGACGUACAGUCAGCUCAAGAGUCAAGGCUUUCCAGCCGAAGCAUUCGUCGAUACAUCUUUCGACCUCAGCUAUCGACUUGAAGAAGGGGGAGAGGGUAUUCCGGCUUUUGAAGUACAUGUCCGUCUUAUACAUGGGGGAUUGCUUCUUGGCAUCUACGGCCACCAUUCUAUCUUCGAUGCUGACCGUAUGGAUAUUGUCAUUAGGUGCUUUGCCGAACUUACCAAGAUUACGAAAAAGACGUCGGAUAUUAUAGUUCUAGCCCGUUUGAGUUGCGAAUCGCCUGCAGCUGCCCCCAGCCCGCCAGUUGCAGACUUGACCGAGCUACUUUCUCAUUGCCCUGAGUAUCGCCUGCUUCCAUCUCCUCUCGGCCCAACGCAGUUUCGCGCUCUGAAAACAGACCCAGCACCAGAGAACACGGGCUGUAUCUUUGUGGUUCGGGAGAAGACUAUUCGUGAUCUCAAGGACAAACUCGGAUACACACGACCCACCGACACGAAACAACAGCCUUCAACAUUUACAUGUCUCGCUGCCCUUACAUGGGCUCAUGUCACCAAAGCCCGUAUAGACAGCUUGUCAUCCGAGACGACUCUUGCCGAAGAUGCACGACUUAUGGUUUCUGUCGAUUGGCGCCGACGUAUAUCCACCGAUGCCAUUGGCCCCAGUUCUGGCAACGCCAUAGCUCUUCCGAUUGCCUCUAUUAACAAGUCAACUAUUUUAGCCGCAUGUAGCGAAGACCAUGGAAUUGCCUACUCUAGUCUAGCAACUAUAGCACGUGCCAUCGAUGAGGCUAUUCGCAGCGUCAACGACGACUUCGUGGCUUGUCGCACUGCUCUGUUUCGCAGGGUCCCAGACCCGCGAUUCAUAGGGCUUGACUUUGACCUCAGCGAUCCACUGGACUUUUACCUCAAUACUUGGCGGCACUUUGGUGCUCGGACUCACUGGGACCUACCGGGUCUUGACAAACAAGAUGUUGCGAUGGGCGUCGCUCCAGAUGCUGUGCGCAGAGCACAAGCGGGCUUUGGAACUGGUUCUGGACUGGUGUUGCCAGAAACAGAUAGCAGCAAAUUUGAGGUGCUGAUCACACUGGAUGUUGAAGCAAUGAAGCACUUGUCUAAUAGUCCCAGCUGGCAGCGCUGGGCUGAGACACCAGGGCUUUAG